CUAUAGGCCUUGCUUGCUCCUCCGGCUUCCAGGCCAUGGCGUCAGCAGUGGCUCCUUGGGCUCCUGGCUUGUGGCGGGCCUGCAACGGGCUCAUGGCAGCUUUCUUCGCCCUGGCCGCUGUGGUGCAGGUGAACGAUCCAGAUGCAGAGUUGUGGGUGGUGGUGUACAUGAUCCCAGCAGUACUUACCCUGCUUGUUGGGUUUAAUCCUCUUGUCACAGGCAACUGCAUCUGGAAGAGUGUGUCUGCGAUACACAUGCUGUUUUGCGCGCUGUGGGCCGGUGGCUUGGCGUACCACUUCUUGCUUCAUGCAAAGCAGAGCAUCCUGAAUGAGGAAGAAGGCAGGGAGCUGUCCGGCCUGGUGAUUGUCACAGCAUGGAUGGCACUGUGCCACAGCUCAUCCAAGAAUUCAGUCGGUGGAAGAAUGCACUUGGCUAUUGCCGUUGUAAUCACCCUAUUCCCGCUCCUGUCGUGGGUCUACGUGUACAUGAACAAGGAGAUGCGGUCCUCCUGGCCAACUCACUGCAAGACAGUCAUUUAAACGAAUCCAAUAGUAUUUAAAUUGGU